GUUGGUAUUAGUGUAAGAACUUUGCUUAGCUGUAAAAUAAAAUUAGUAAAAACUACGAUAAACAAUGAAGUUAUGAUAACCGGUGUUAAAAAAGAAAAAUAAAUAGUUUAAUUUAUUAAAAAUCAUAUUAAGCAAUAUGUUUCGUACAGCUAAGUAUAAAUUUGAUGUUACUGAAGUAACAAGGAAACUAUUUGUUUCCUAUCGUCGUCUCUUUGCGGUGAUGUUGGGAGUUUGUGUAUUCUUUUACAUAUUACCGCCCAUCUUUCGAUAUCUGUUUAUGAGUGCACCGGAAAAGAAAGAUCCUCUAAUGCAAUGUAUGGAUGACCGCUUAACACCAUUUUUCUUACAAAAUUUCGAGUUUGAUGCCAACAUACGUCACGUGCCCCCUUUGGCGGAGGAACGUAACAUCAUUCCUUAUGUUGGCAAUGGUUACAUAGGCUUAGAAAUAGCUCAUGACGCUCCUUUGAAUAUAAAAUAUGGUCGUGCAAUGCAAUUGCCUACCCAAUUUCAUCCGGUGGUAUCGGUAAAAGAAACCGAUGAAGCUGGCAGAGAAGCCACAGUUGUUGAAUAUCUUACAGGCAUUGCUUGGAGAUUUCAGUGCUUUUCAAAUAUGUUCGUCUCUUAUUCGUACUAUGCACAUCGCACACAUCCAAGUGUCCUUAUGCAGGAAAUCAAAAUCACCAAUACUCGCAACACAAUGGAAGAGGUGAAUAUAAUAUUACCACGAGUACACUUUCAAAAUCCAACUACACGCAACAUACAAUUAGGCUCUACGGAGACCGCCAAACAAUUUGAUGUUAUAACCGGUACAAUAAAUCCGAAUCCUGAUGAUGUCUCAAUCGUAAUAGUUGUGACAAUUGUGAAACCGCAAAUAUCACGAAACAUUCAGUUGAAAAAACGCGGUAGCAUUAAAAUGGAAAUACCCAUUGCCGUACACUACUCGAAACCUUUAAAGAAAGAACAGCAGCAACAAGUAAGCAACACCAUAGAAGAAACCGAACAAAAAGCCAUUAUGGCCAUGACAAAGGUAUUACAAAGUUUGCAAAGCAAAUCAGAAUCCGCCAUCACAGCCAUACACAACUAUAGACAAUCUCACAUAAAUGUUUGGUCUGAUCUCUGGGCUACCGGCUUCACAAUAAGUACUUCCAAGGCGGAGAAUAGUGUGAAUGGCGAUCGUAUUAAUGCGACCAUGUAUGCGGUUCUCUCCCAAACACGCAGUUACGAAUUUGAAGAAUUCGUUUCGGUAUCGGCUCCUUCGAAACAGGAUAUUGCGAAAGCAUUAACCUAUGCUGAAGGUUGUUACGAUUCAUAUCAUACCUUACAAGCAGAUAACUUGUGGUUACCCAUGGACAGCUUGGAAAAAUUGAACAAACUUGUGUCUACAUGGAUGCUUACCAUGGAGAAACAAGGUUGCCAUAAUCUUAUACGUGCUGGAUCAUCGGGCGUUAUUCAGGCUAUGGUGCUAAGCUUUGGCAGUUUCCGUUUUAGCAAUCAACAUUUGGAGUGCAACAUGCAUCCGAAAUAUCUACAUCGAGAUUUUCAUUUUCGCCGGUUGAAUUAUGGCAAUCGAACACACGUUAAUGUGACCAUUACAGUGACUGAGGAUAACAAGGCUGUGAUUAAUGUAGCAUUAGAUCGCUCCGAUCGUAGUUAUUAUGCUUGCGAUGGUGGGUGCGUAGAUGAGCCGGUUUUAUUAACGCAAAAUCGUCGACAAUUUCCAGUAAAGCUUACAGAACCAUUGACUGCUAUUCUUUAUAUAACAGAAGACAAACAACAUAUGGUGGAGUUACAUGAUGCUUUACAUGUUAAAGAGGUGGCUGAAGCUCCCGCUCACGAACAACAUGUUAUAGCAUUACAUAGACAUGGUCAUCAGUUGGGUGGUCUGCCUACACUAUUUUGGGUUUCUGUAUGUGCAAUAAUUAUAGUAUUCCAUAUAUUCCUGUGCAAAUUAAUAAUAAAGGAAUAUUGUGAACCUUCUGAUAAAAUACGAUAUCGUUACAAUAAACCGUGAUUUUAGAUUUUAA